AUGUGUGAGCAAGGCUACAAGAAGACUACUUCUGAUCACUGUGUCUUUAUUAAAAAGUUUGCUGAUGAUGAUUUCAUUAUCCUGUUAUUGUAUGUUGAUGACAUGCUUAUUGUUGGGAAAAAUAUUUCCAUGAUUGACAGGUUAAAGAAGCAAUUGGGCGAGUCAUUUGCCAUGAAAGACUUGGGAGCUGCUAGGCAGAUUCUUGGCAUAAGAAUCAUGCGUGAUAGAAAAGAGAAGAAACUUUGGCUGUCACAGGAACACUAUGUUAAAAGGGUGCUACAGAGGUUCCAUAUGCAAAAGACUAAGGCGGUAAGCACUCCUCUUGCUCCUCAUUUCAAAUUGAGUGCUAAACAGAGUCCUUCAAAUGAAGCUGAAAAAUCAGAUAUGCAACGGGUUCCUUAUGCAUCUGCUGUGGGUAGUUUGAUGUAUGCAAUGGUGUGCACAAGACCAAAUAUAGCGCAUGCUGUUGGUACAGUCAGUAGAUUUCUGUCUAAUCCAGGUAGAGAGCAUUGGAAUGCUGUGAAAUGGAUUUUGAGGUAUCUUUAUGGCACUAGUAGUAUGAGACUUUGUUUUGGAGGUGAUAAGCCAACCCUUGUGGGCUAUACUGAUUCUGAUAUGGCUGGAGACAUUGAUUCCAGAAAGUCCACUUCAGGCUACUUGAUUAAGUUUGCAGAGGGAGCUGUAGCAUGGCAAUCCAGAUUGCAGAGGUGUGUUGCAUUGUCCACUACUCAAGCAGAGUUCAUUGCCAUUACAGAAGCAUGCAAGGAAUUGAUUUGGUUGAAGAAAUUCUUGCAGGAGCUUGGUUUUGUGCAGGACAAAUACUUGUUGUUUUGUGAUAGUCAAAGUGCUAUUCAUCUUGGUAAGAAUUCAACUUUUCAUUCUAGGUCCAAGCACAUUGAUGUGAGGUAUCAUUGGAUACGCGAUGCUUUGGAUGCUGGGUUGUUGGAAUUGGCCAAGGUUCAUACAGAUGAUAAUGGUGCUGAUAUGAUGACAAAGUUGCUGCAUUAUUUGUUGUUGCUCCUCACAGAUUCAGCAAGUUGGGGAAAUUAUUAUCCGCUGUGCAUUGCUUUGUUAGAGUUGUUAUUGUUAUUUGUGUUGAAUUUCCCAUCAAUUGCUUCAAAAGAAGGAUCAGAAAUCAAUCUGACUCAAGCAGUUAUUCAAUUAAUGUACACAUUCACUUCAAAAGCUGCAUUUGGUAAGAAAUAUGAGGAACAAGAAGAGUUCAUUUCAGAGGUAAAACAAAUUAUAAAGCUUGCAGGAGGUUUCUACAUAGGAGACUUGUUUCCUUCAGCUAAAUGGCUUCAUAACUUUUCCGGGAUGAGACCUAGGCUUGAGAAGUUGAAUCAAGUGCUAGACAGGAUUUUGGAUAAUAUCAUCAAUGACCAUAAAAAAGCAAGGUCAAGAGCUAAAGAAGCUUUGGUUGAAGCAGAAGGAGAUCUCAUUGAUGUUCUCUUAAAAUUUGAGGACAGUAGCAUCGACUUGGAUUUUUGUUUAACUACAAAUAAUGUCAAGGCUAUAAUCAUGGAGCUCUUCAUUGGAGGGAGUGAUACUGCAUCAGGUACUAUUAAUUGGGCAAUGGCUGAGAUGAUUAAGAAUACAGAAGUAUUGAAGAGAGCACAAGUUGAAGUGAGAGAAGUAUUUGGGAAGAGAGGAAAGGUUGAUGAAAAUGGCAUUGAGGAUCUCAAAUACUUGAAAGCAAUCAUCAAAGAGGUUCUUAGAUUACACCCUAUUGCUCCUCUUCUACUUCCAAGGGAAUGUGGAGAAGCAUGUGAGAUUAAUGGAUAUACCAUACCCGUUAAAAGCAGGGUCAUUGUCAAUGCUUGGGCAAUUGGACGAGAUCCAAAAUAUUGGACUAAUCCAGAUAAGUUUUACCCUGAAAGGUUUAUUGAUAGCUCAAUUGACUACAAAGGAACUGAUUUUGAGUAUAUCCCAUUUGGCGCUGGAAGGAGAAUUUGCCCAGGCUUGAACUUAGGCAUGGCAAAUGUUGAGCAAGUCCUUGCAUUUUUAUUGUAUCAUUUUGAUUGGAGGCUAUCCAAUGGAGUGAAAAAUAAGGACUUAGACAUGACAGAGGAAUUUGGAGUUGCUGUGUCAAGAAAAGAUGAUCUAUACUUGAUUCCCACAAUUUCUCAAGCUUUUCCUACAAAAUGUAGUACCGUCCAACAUGCACCACUUGAAAUGUGACCUCCUACUAUUUGAUAGUUGCUAUCAUAAGUUUCUUCCGGCUACUUUUUCUUGUUAUUCAGGCUUUAAUGUUAUAAAAGUUAUUUAAUUUUCA